UUUGGCAUCUCAUCUCACCCCAUCUAAUUGGCUUGUUGUUUACUCCUAUUGUUAGAGAGAGAGUGAUACUUGUUAUCUUUUUACAAUUUGAGAAUAGUUAUAAUUUUCUUAUUCUUUCUAGUGAGAUCUUUUUUUUACUUAUCAUGGAUGUAGUCUAUAUUAGAUGAAUCACAUAAAUUUUUGUGUUCAUUUUAUUUUUAAUUUAACUCAUUUCAACUAUUAGUUGCAAGUCAUGUAAGACCUAUCAUUUUCCAACAAGCUUUAAUUGGCAAAGACAAGAAGGCAUGGCCGAGCUUGUAGGUAGCGCCUUCCUCUCUGCUACUCUUCAGGUGCUGUUUGAUCGUUUGGCUUCUGGCGACGUCCUCAACUUCCUUUGUGGACGGAGAACUGUGGAACCAAAGCUUAAGGAGCUGCGCCGAAAAUUGCUUGUACUCGAUACAGUGCUCGAUGAUGCAGAGGCUAAGUAUUUCAAGAAAGAAGCAGUGAAGAAGUGGUUGGACGAGCUCAAAGAUGCUGUCUAUGAUGCGGAGGACUUAGUGGAUGAGAUCACCUAUCAAGCUUUGCGAUGCAAAGUGGAACAUGACUACCAAAGCUGCCCAAACCAGGUAACAGAGCCUAACCGAAUUCCUACAAUUUCAUUUGAUUUACGGAUGGAAUCGAAACUAGAGGAGAUGAUCCAUAGAUUAGAGGAUUUUGUGAAAGAAAAGGAUGCUCUUGGUUUGAGAGGCCGGGAUGGAGGGAAAUCGCAUGCGAGCAGGUUGCCAACAACUUCUUUGGUGGAUGAAACCUAUGCAUUUGGGAGAGAUUCGGAGAAGGAGGACAUAAUUAAUUUCUUGCUUUCAGACGAUGCAUGUGGUGACAAGAUAGGCGUAGUUCCAAUAGUGGGGAUGCCCGGAAUAGGGAAGACUACUCUCUCUCAAAUUGUGUACAAUGAUGCUACAGUGGAUCGACAUUUCGAAAUUAAGGCAUGGGUCUUUGUAUCUGAUGAUUUUGACAUUCCCCGGAUUUCCAAAUUGAUUCUUGACGGAAUCACUGGAACUCCUCACGAAACCGCGAGCUUGAAUCAAAUUCAAGUCAGCCUCAAGGAGAAGCUGCGUGGCAAGAAAUAUCUAAUUGUAAUGGAUGAUGUCUGGAAUGACAAUUAUGAGAUGUGGGAAAAAUUGAGGACACCCUUGAUAUCUGGGGCACGUGGAAGUAAGAUUAUCGCAACUACACGUAAUAAGAGUGUUGCAUAUAUCAUGCAAAAAAAUCCUGCUGUUCAUCUGAACUUGCGACUACUGUCAGAUGAAGAUUGCUUCUAUCUCUUCUCUAAAAUUGCUUUCACUCAUCCAAACCUUGAAAUGAUGCGUGGGGAUGUGGUGAAAAGGUGCAAGGGGUUGCCCCUGGCUGCAAAAACACUUGGGGGUUUGUUGCGUUCCAAAUUUGAUAUUGAGGAGUGGAAUGACGUCUUAAAGAGUGAUUUAUGGGAUUUGCCAGAAGAUAAGAAUAAUAUCCUUCCAGCCCUAAGAUUAAGUUAUUAUUAUCUGCCUUCUCAAGUAAAACAAUGCUUUGCUUAUUGUUCCGUAUUUCCUAAAGGUUGCAAAUUUCAGAAGGAAAUGCUAGUACUGAUUUGGAUGGCUCAAGGUUUUGUGCAAUCUAGAGGUGAAAAGACAAUGGAAAAGAUCGGUGGGGAGUGCUUCGAUGAACUUGUAUCAAGGUCAUUGUUCCAACAAUCCGAUCAUGAAGUAAACUCGAAACAAACCUAUUUUACAAUGCAUGACCUUGUUCAUGAUCUAGCACAAGCCAUAUCUGGACAGUUUUCUAUCCAGUUAGAAGACGACAAAAAGCUACAUGAUAUUCCCAAAAUAGUACGCCACGUUUCUUUUGAUCCAUCUGUCCUUGGCCCGUGGGAUUUUGAUUGGUUUAAGGCAUUAAAUGAGGCCAAAAGUCUAAGGACUUUUCUGCCAGUAAGUUUGGGAUUUGUCGGAAUCCACAGUAAGGGGAUGAAUAUGUUGCCACCACUACCUUACUUACGGACAUUAUCUUCCCUAAAUUUACCUGAUUUGAUUGAAAAUUUUACUAGUAUACGGUACUUGAAUCUAUCUUACUCAGCAAUUGAGGAGUUGCCGGACUCAAUUUGUAACUUACACAAUUUACAGACAUUAUUGCUAGCACAAUGUUUUUGGCUCACCACACUACCAUCAAAAAUUGGAAAACUAAUUUGUUUACGUCAUCUAGAUAUUAGCACUAAAAUACACUGGGGAGCAUCCACUAGCUUAAGGGAGAUGCCAAUGCAAAUUAGUCGACUAACAGGUCUCCAACAAUUAAGUAAUUACGUAUUGGGUAAAAAUGGUGGACUGGGUUUUGAAGGCCUUAAAGAACUCCAUCAUCUUCAAGGGUCACUAUGCAUUUCAAACUUGCAAAAUGUGACAAGUCCCAAGGAUGCAUUGGUCACCAAAUUAAAAGAGAGAGCGCUUCUCAAAGAAUUGCAUUUUAAUUGGUGUGGAGGAACCAAUGACUCAAGAUCUGUAAGAGAAUUGCUUGAGAAUCUGCAGCCUCAUACCAAUUUGACGAGACUCUCAAUAACGAUGUACGGGGGCACAACAUUUCCUGACUGGUUGGGAGAUCCCUCGUUCACUAAUUUGGUUACCUUAGCCCUUGAUAGUUGUGAGCAUUGCUUUAGCUUGCCCGCUCUUGGUCAACUGCCCUCUUUGCAAGAACUUGUUAUUGAUUCUAUGAAUGGAUUAAGAGAAGUGGGCCCUGAAUUCUAUGGGGAUGUUUCGGGCAAACCGUUUCAGUAUCUAAAGAAGCUAAAGUUUUUAAGAAUGUUUGAAUGGGAAGAAUGGUUUGUGUCUGAAACUGUAGAGUUCUCUCAGCUUCAAGAGCUCCAUAUAUCAGAUUGUCCCAAGCUAACGGGGACUCUACCUACUCGUAUUCCAUUUUUGCAGAAAUUUUCUAUAUACGGUUGCCCAAACGUUAUGCCUUUCUCUCCGUUACAAUUUUAUUUGAACCUUAAAGAAGUAAAGAUGUUGAAUUGGGCAAAACUUGAAAGUCUUUCCAUUUCAGACGAGCAUGAGCUUCAAAAUCUAAAAUUUAUCUCCCUUGAAGGCUGCGCAAAUAUGGUAUCUGUUGCUCAAGGAGGGUUACCAGCUCCCAAUAUUUGGUUUCUUGAAGUCCGUUCAUGCACACAACUGGAGUCCCUACCAGAAAGAAUGUGCAGCCUCCUUUCGUCCCUUUCAACAUUGACUAUCGAUGAUUGUCCAGAACUUGAGUCGUUUCCAGAAGGGGGUCUUCCCUCAAACUUAAGGACACUUAGAAUCGCGAAUUGCAAGAAACUUGUUGCUCGUAGGAGAGAGUGGGGUAUUCAAACACUCUCUUCCCUUCAAUUAUUUGAAAUUCGGGGUGAAGAACAGCUGGAAUCCUUUCCAGACGAGGGGCUGCUUCCCUCCAGUCUUACAAGGCUUAUAAUCCAUUAUCUACCAAAUCUAAAAUUGUUGAACGACACGGGCCUUCAACUCCUUGGCUCUCUUGAAUUACUGCAGAUUAUCUCCUGCCGUCAACUCCAGUCCCUGCCAAGAGAGGACCUUCCCAACUCUAUCCAUGAGCGAUUGAUCACUAAUUGCCCAUUGCUGGAAUCUCACGGAUAACUUACUGGAAAAAGGUCUUGAGAAUCCCAUUAUAUAUAUGUAUCUCAGAGGGAUUCAUUCCAUUGUGCGGCAAUCAAUUCAGAAGUGUUUUUAGCAUCUACGUGAAGGCAAUUGCACAAGGAAUAACAUCAUCAGGCGAGUUCAAACAUUAUUUUACAUAACAGUAAUUUGAAUUAGCUAAAUAAGCUAGGUUUCUUUUGUCAUGACCCGAGCUGGGAGGAAGCCUUAAUUGCCUUUGCAUCUUUAUCAUGCAAGUAAACAUUUUUUUCAUAGUGUUGAAGUAUGAAUGGACCGGAAAAACAAAAGACUCGGGAAAUGGAAGAAAGUGCUCGAGAAUCUGCAGCCUCAUACCAACUUGAAGAAUCUUGCAAUAUCCAAGUAUGGGGCACGAGCUUCCUAGCUAAUUGGUUGCAAGAUCCCUCGUUUGGGGCCUUCAACGCCUAGGUUGUCUUGAAACACUGGUAAUCAACUGCUAUGAACUCGAAGUCCUUGCCUGAAGAGGGCCUUCCUAUGCCCAUGGAUAAGCUCUUAGGUGUUAACCAAAGGGUCAAUGAAAGAUUGUUAUCGGGGGCGAGUCCAAUAAGACUGCAGUCAAGGGAUAGUGGUGUACGGAGACGCGUCUUAACUUCAAAUAUCAUAAUUAGUGAAUUAGUGAGGUUUAUAGUGAUGAGGAUUUGUUAUAUUUAUGGGAAUUUGAGCCUUUUAUUAUUUUGUAUGGCCAUCGAGCCUAGAGUCAUGAGAUUUUGAAAAUGUAUUUAAAUCUUAUUUAAAUUUUUGUUGUUAAAAAUGAAAUGAGUUAAGUUCAAUUUUGUUUUAUAUCAUCUCUGUAAUAACUUUUUUUCGAGUAUUCGAAAGUGGGUCUUACAUAAUGAAUUUAUUUUCUUCUU